CCAGCCUGAUCUAACAACACUGCCUGUUUGUAGUCGGCCAACAAACACUGAGAAGCAGGAGUGUGAGGUUAAAGCAGACACGGAGGAUCAGAAGGUUCAACGUUUGCUUUGCUCUGUCUGAGGGGAUCUGGCUGAAAACGAGGAUGAGUUCCUCAUUCUUCCUCUCUUCUCCCCCCUCUCCUCACCCUGCCCCCCUUCCCCUUUCCUCAUCUUCCUCUCUAACUCGCUGUCCUGAGCUUGACCUGUCCAUCACACUCAGCUCUACUCACAAGCCCAGCCCACUGAAGAUUGGUAAGCAAUCACCGCUGAAGCCCUGCCCCCAAGGACAAACGGAAAUAGGGGUCAACAUACAGGGGUGUUUUGAAGAGCUGGUGGAUGUAACAGUAACACCGGAGCAGAGCAGAGCCACCCCAUCUAAGCAGCCAAUCAGAGGUCAGAGAAGAAGCAGAGGAUGUCAACUCGCACCCAGACAAUGGAUGGAGUCCUGUGGCCCAGUAUCCAUAGAAGAUCCAGGCUCUCUCUCGGUGGUGGGGCUAAACACCACUCGGGCUCUGAAGGCGGAGCUUCAGUCACUGCAGGGGUCUGAGUUUAACUCCCAGAAGGCCAUUCAGGAGACUCUACGAAGGUCAGAGAGGACCAAAACCCUGAUCAACACCAGAGCUACUGAAGAAGUGAAUGUCUCUCGCUCUCAGCAACUCUUCAGUUCAUUGGUUUCUGUCGAGGUGCAGGAAGAUCAGCUGAUCAGCCAGGUGCUGCAGCAUAGGCUGCUGCCUCCCUGUAAUUGCAACAAGGCAGCAGAUGGGCCCUCCCUUCUCCUCUUCAAGACAUCUGACCACCUUAGACAAAAGCCUGUCCCACUAGAGGAGGAGCCUGUCAGCUACAAGCCCUGCCCAUUGCCAUGUCCUCCCUUCUCUAUCUUUGACCUCCAUAGAAGAGGCAGAUGCUGAGAGGCCAUGACAGACACACAGGAGAGCUCUGAGUGGCUGGAGAUAGUGAGAUCAGACUGUGUGUAAUGUCCUUAAUAAUAAUGAUCACAUCUUUUUAAUUAUUCAUAUAAACUGAAAUCUGUUUGAGCUACAUUUCGUUUUUCCAAUAAAGUAUUUUCAAACACAGUG